UGGGAAGCUGGGAGCAGCCCGGUCUCCCAGCUGGGAGCAGCCCCGUCACCGGCUCUCCAGGUGGCACCGGCUGCUUCGGUUAACUCAGACCUCCAGUCCUCAGGCCCGUUGGCCACCAGGAUGUCAUGGGCACUGCCUCUCAGUGACAGCCAGCCCUGAGGGCCCUGGGGUGGUGCCCCCUCCGGUGCCUGCAUCCCCAUGGUCGAGAUGUGGUCCGGGCUCCUGGACCUGCGUAGACAGAGCAGAGCACACUCGCUGGGAGAGGAUCCCUUGAUCCAGGCUGCUUGGAGCCGGUGAGUGGGUGGAAGGCGGUGGCCAGCAGGAGCAGGAGAUGCAGAGCACCGUCAAUUACCUGUGGCACACGGACGACCUGCUGGGGCAGGGGGCCACUGCGAGUGUGUACAAGGCCCGAAACAAGAAAUCCGGGGAGCUGGUUGCUGUGAAGGUCUUCAACGCUGCUAGCUACCUGCGCCCCCGAGAGGUGCAGGUGAGGGAAUUUGAGGUCCUGCGGAAGCUGAACCACCAGAAUAUCGUGAAGCUGUUCGCCGUGGAGGAGACGGGGAGCAGCCGGCAGAAGGUGCUGGUGAUGGAGUACUGCUCCAGCGGGAGCCUGCUGAGCGUGCUGGAGAGCCCUGAGAACGCCUUCGGGCUGCCGGAGGAGGAGUUCCUGGUGGUGCUGCGCUGUGUGGUGGCAGGCAUGAACCACCUGCGGGAGAACGGUGUGGUGCACCGCGACAUCAAGCCGGGCAACAUCAUGCGGCUCCUGGGCGAGCAGGGCCAGAGCAUCUACAAGCUCACUGACUUCGGCGCCGCCAGGCAGCUGGACGACGAGGAGAAGUUCGUCUCCGUCUACGGGACUGAGGAGUACCUGCACCCUGACAUGUACGAGCGGGCAGUGCUUCGCAAGCCCCAGCAGAAGGCGUUUGGGGUGACAGUGGAUCUCUGGAGCAUUGGGGUGACCCUGUACCAUGCCGCCACCGGCAGCCUGCCCUUCGUCCCCUUUGGGGGACCUCGGCGCAACAAGGAGAUCAUGUAUAGGAUCACCUCAGAGAAGCCAGCCGGGGCCAUCGCCGGCUCUCAGCGGCGGGAGAACGGGCCCCUGGAGUGGAGCUACACCUUCCCCAUCACCUGCCGCCUGUCAAUGGGUCUGCAGAGCCAGCUGGUGCCCAUCCUGGCCAACAUCCUGGAGGUGGAGCAGGCCAAGUGCUGGGGCUUCGACCAGUUCUUUGCAGAGACCAGUGACAUCCUGCAGCGUGUGGUCAUCCACGUCUUCUCCCUGCCCCAGGCGGUCCUGCACCAUGUCUAUAUCCACACCCACAACACGAUAUCCAUCUUUCUGGAGGCCGUGUACAAGCAGACGAACGUGGCCCCCCAGCACCAGGAGUACUUGUUGGAGGGCCACCUCUGUGUCCUUGAGCCCAAACUCUCAGCACAGCAGAUCGCCCACACGACAGCAAGCAGCCCCCUGACCCUGUUCAGCGUGGCCAGUGAGACCCCCAAGGGGCUGACCUUCAGGGACCCUGCUCUGGACCUUCCCAAGUUCGUCCCCAAAGUGGACGUCCAGGCAGAUUACAGCACCGCCAAGAGUGUGCUGGGCGCCGGCCACCAGGCCCUGCGGCUGGCGCGGACCCUGCUGGCCGGGCAGGAACUUAUGCUUCGCGGGCUGUACUGGUUCGUGGAGCUGCUCCAGGCCACGUGCCGGCGGACGCUGGAGGUCACGCGGAUGGCCCUCCUCUUCCUCAGCAGCAGCCUGGGCGCCGAGAGCAACGUGGCUGGGAUGCCUGAGACGCAGGAACUGAAGAAGACCACGGAGCUGAGGUCCAAGCUGCGGACUCUGGCAGGAGUCCUCUCUAGAUGUUCCUGCAACAUCACGGAGACCCAGAUGAGACUUAGCAACCUGAGCGCUGAGCUGGCAGGGAGCAGGGACCAGGUACAUGAGGACAGAAGCGUCCAGCAGAUUCAGUGCUGUGUGGACAAGAUGCAGCUCAUCUACAAGCAGUUCAAGAAGUCUAGGAUGAGGCCAGGCCUUGGUUACAACGAGGAGCAGAUUCACAAGCUGGACAAGGUGAAUUUUAGUCACUUAGCCAAAAGGCUCCUGCAGGUGUUCCAGGAGGAGUGUGCGCAGAAGUACCAGGCGGCGCUGGCCACGCAUGGCAAGCAGAUGAGCCUGGUGCACGAGAUCAGGAACCACCUGCGCCUGGUCGGCUGCUCUGUGGCUGCCUGCACCACGGAAGCCCAGGGAGCCCAGGAGAGCCUCAGCAAGAUCCUGGACCUGCUGUCUCACGGGCUCCUUCAGGACAGAGCAAAGGAUGCUCAGGCCUCACCACCCCCUGCAGCAGCUGAUCCUGGCCCGGAAGCAGACGACCUGAUCCUGCACAUGCAGGAGCUCUGCGAGGGGAUGAAGGUGCUUGCCUUUGACCUCCAGGAUAACAACCGCAUCAUCGAAAGGUUAAGCAGGGCUCCGCUGGCUCCAGACGCCUGAGCCCCUUGGGUUGCAGGAGGCAGCCUGAAGCAUUAGAGUUGUGCAAACACUCCUCUCCUGCCAACAUGCUGGCCAGCAUGAGGCAUCAUCUGCACCCAUCUCUACCUCCAUCCUGGCCAUCAGCUGGGAGACGUCAGCAUUAACUUCCACUGCCUUUCUGUGCGAGCGGCACCGCAGCACGGGGUGCCCAGGCUAUCCCUGUCGGACACCUGCCUGCGCUUGGCAGAGCUCUUCGGUGGCCCUGGCCUGUCCAGAUGAACCUGGCCGGGCAGCGGGGCAAGAUCUCUCCUGGGCCCUCCCAGCCGCCCUUCCAGUUUACUGGACUCCACUUCUCAAGGACAGAAGAGAAGCCACCUGAAGUUUCCCUAGGGUGCUGGGUCAAAGGCCCCAAGGCGUUUCCCCUAGAACACACGCCCCUCUCUCCUGAGACUUCGGAGGGUCGGGCACUCAGCCCCAGCAUCACAGAGCCGAAAGUUCCUUCUGCUCUGGGUCUGGGUGAGGGUGGGGUGGAGGCCAGCAGCCGGUGCCUUGGGGACAUGUCCCCUCCUCUCUCCAGGGCACCACUGGGUUCUGGAUACACAGCCUGCUCUGGGAAGUCUAGCGCUCUGAGGAAAUAAAGGCCUGUGCC